CAGCAGCUGCCAAAAUGGAUGCAGAGAAGCAAGAGAGCAACAACGAAAAGGCCAUCGAAGCUGGCGCCAUGGGCAGAACAUUGGAAAUAACGAAGCCGGAAGCACAGCAGCAGCAGCAGCAGCAGCAGGCGCCGCCGGAGCACACUGCAAAGCAUGCCGACAAGGAUGUGGAGAGCACGGUGAAGCGGCGACAUGCGACCAGCAAUCUGGAGGCAGCCACACAUCUGUUCAAGGGCAGCGUCGGCGCAGGCCUCUUUGCCAUGGGCGAUUGCUUCAAGAAUGGCGGCCUGGUGGGCUCCACAUUGAUGCUGCCCAUAAUUGCGAUCAUGUGCGUGCACUGCGAACGACUGCUCAUACGCGGCUCCCUGCUGGCCGUUGCCAAGACGCCCGGCGCCACCUUUUACGAUUACCCGGAGACGGUGGAGAAGUGCUUCGAGUACGGGCCACGACCUUUGCGCUGCAUGUCGCGCGCCAUGAAGCUCAUCGUCGAGAUGUUUCUCUGUGUUACGCAAUUCGGUUUCUGUGCCAUCUACUUUGUGUUCAUCACGGAAAAUCUCUACCAGGUGCUGCAACAGAAUGGCAUAGACAUCAGCAUGAGCAUGGUAAUGCUGAUUACUCUGCUGCCGGCAAUGAUACCUUCCCUGAUGACGAACCUUAAGUAUAUAUCGCCAGUAUCGCUGCUGGCCAACUUUGCGCUGUUAUUUGGCUUGAUUGCCACACUGACGAUUGCCUUCUCGGACGGUCCGAUGCCAUCAGUUGCGGAACGGCAUUAUUUUACGGGCGGCAGCCAGCUGGCGCUGUUCUUUGGCACCGCACUCUUCUCAUACGAGGGCAUUGCCCUGAUCCUGCCGCUACGCAAUUCGAUGCGCGAACCCGACAAUUUUAGCAGCCGAUUCGGUGUACUCAACGUAACGAUGCUGUUCAUCACGGCGCUGUUCAUCUUCACGGGAUUUGUUAGCUAUGUGCGCUGGGGCGAGUAUGUUGCCGGCAGCAUUACGCUAAAUCUGAAUGUCGAGGAUGUCAUGUCGCAGGUCGUUAAGAUGGUCGCCGCUUUGGGCGUCUUCUUUGGCUAUCCCAUACAGUUUUUCGUGAUGAUGAAAAUACUGUGGCCGCCCGUUAAGCGUGCCAAUGGCUGUGCCCAAAAGUAUCCGAUUACCAUGCAGGUGGGCCUGCGUUUCGUCAUGAUCAUGAUGACUUUUUGUGUCGCCCUGGUGGUGCCCCAAUUGAAUCUAUUUAUCUCGCUAAUCGGUGCAUUAUGCUCAACCUCGCUGGCAUUUGUUAUACCUGUGAUCAUUGAUUUUGUGACACGCACCCAGGUGCCCAAGGGCCUUGGCACCUGGAUCUAUUUCAAGAAUAUCGCCAUUCUAACAAUCGCCCUGCUGGGCAUUGUCACGGGCACAUAUCAGAGCAUUGUAGAGAUUAUUAGAGAGUUUAACUAGUAGUAGUAGGGCUUAAUGGGCCCCUAGUGCUUGCCAAGUAUUUUGUAAAUAUGCUGUAAACGUGUGAAAUACCUUAUAACGUUUCAUUGUCCUUCUAAGUUAAGUCUUAUAUAUAUAUAUAGUAUUUUUUUUUUUUGUUUGUGCUAUUAUAUGUUAUUAAUUUUAAGUUGUGCCUGCCGUGCCUGUUUAUAUGUGGCCCGAUUGAUUUAAUCGUCAACUGUUAAUUGGCUUUCAAAGAAACGAAACUAGAUAAAA